CAGGUAAUUUCAUGGGCUGUCAAUUGAGUCUACAGAUAUAGAUAUAAAAAUUACUUCAAAACAAAACAAAAUGCGACAACGCAGGCUCAUAGGUGCUAGGUUUUCUAUGUUUGUUUGCGCUGCCUUUUUGGUUUGUUAUGUUUUUCUGACCGUGCCAAUCGUAGCAACCGACGACGGUGUGUGCCGUAACGACGGAUGCAGUUGUCUUGAAUCUGACCGGUGCUUGUUUAUUCCAGAAAGCGCUUCCGACCGGAAAGGUCCUCUGUCCGAAAUGGCCGGUAAAUUGUUCGCGUGUGACUUCGAAGUCUUUGGGAUUGUACAAGGGGUUUUCUUCAGAAAGUACACGCAAAAGCAGGCUACAAGCUUGGGGCUGAAGGGUUGGUGCAUGAAUACCCGUGACGGAACCGUCAAAGGGCAAAUGGAAGGGGAGGCGAAACCCAUGAAUGAAAUGAAGCAUUGGCUGCAAACGAAAGGAAGUCCCACCAGUCGAAUUGAUAAGGCUGUGUUUAGUGAAAUGAAAGAAAUUGCCAAAUACUCCUUCAAUGACUAUUCUAUCAAACGCUGAAGAAACCAUUUGGAGAGUAUGAGAAAUAUGUUUUAAUAAAUUAUUCUAUCUGAUAACAUUA